AUGGAAGAUCCUAGAGAAAUAGAGGACAGUUGCGAAAAUAAAGGGGAAAUAAUUUCAUUUGAUAAUGAAACGGCAAUAACUUUGCUUAAUACGUCCGUUCGAUAUAGCGAUCAUAGUGCAUCCCCGAUUAGAGGAGGUUACAAUGCGAACAAUCAUGAACUGAUCAGGCAUGUUGUUUCCAUUUUAAAUGAUAAUAAUCAUAUAUGCGGCGGUAAUAUAAUAAAGGCCGAUCUUAUACUAACAGCAGCACAUUGCUUAAUGACAGGAGGUAUGAUUUCAUCACCUGUCACAAUUAAAGUAGUUGCGGGUCAACCACAACGUACAGAAAAGUCAAAUACGACGCAAAUUCGAAACGCAAGAAAGCUUCUGGUCCAUCGUCGCUGGAUUAAUGGUUGGCCGUUUUAUUGUGAUAUUGGACUAAUUAAACUUGAGAAUGAAUUUAAUUUAAAUAAUGAUUUCGUCUCAGUAAUUGCUUUACCUCAAUAUCCUGUCGCUCCAAAUACGAAUUGUACAAGUUUAGGUUGGGGUGGUUUAUAUGAUAAUGGUCCCGUGGCUGAUGAUAUACAAAUCGGUGAUUUCUAUAUAGUACCUUGUGAAGAAGUAAAGGACACAUUGGAAUUUCCAUUUUUCUUAUUCUUGAGUCCUGGCAUGAUAUGCGUAAAGCCGCAUUUGACUGGUGUACAGAUAUUGCACGGUGAUUCUGGCGGACCUCUGAUAUGCGAUGCAAUAUCUAACCAAAAUGAAGAGGUGGUUUUGAUGACAAUGAAUGCACCCGUUGCUGAUAUCAGUAAAUUUACUGGUGGUUCCGCCAACACCAUAAACUUUUAA